AUGGCGGUCCUAGCACUUGCAGCCUUCAGACAUUGCCAGGCCCUGGAGAGCUGGGGGAAGGCCAGAGCAAAGAAGAGCUGCCCUCAGUGCAAGAGGAUCUGGCAGGAUCAGGUGGCUGCGGAGGAGCUUAGAGAACACUUAAGCAAAGUGGAGAUGCCCAAGUCCCUGAGGGGCCCCGAUGGGGUGCACCCUCAAGGAGGCUCUCACCGAGGCCGAGGCGGUGCUGAGCGCAGACGUGCGGCUGACCCGGGCCGCAAGAGGAGCGAGAGGCGCCUUCUCCUCCUCCCAGAGGAACUGGUGGUCGCCAAGUUGCAAGAUGACCCCAGCCUGCGCCCACAGCUCCGCCUGGCCCUGGACCAGCUGUGGGUGCUGAGCAGCGGGAAGGAGGCGGCGCGGGAGGAAGAAGAGGAGGAGGAAGGAGGCAGCGCCGAGGACGGUUCCUCCCUCCUCUUCAGCUGGCCCACGGGCUCCUGCAUUGCCACUUUUGGCUCCCGGGCGCUGAAGGAGCUGUGGGUGGGCGCACUGCUGGGCCCACCACAAGGAGCCAAGAGAGCCCGAGUGACCCGCCUGCCGUCGCUCAAACUCCUCGAGAAGGAGCUGAGCCGCCGCCAUGCCUGGAGGCCAUUCAACGCCAGGAGCCUGGAGAGGCUGAUGGAGCGCCAGGCAAAGGAGCUGCUGGCUGUCCUGCAGCAGGAAGGGCCGUCAACGGAGGGCAUCUUCCGCAGAGCUGCCAGCGCGACAGCGCUUCGGGAGCUGCGGGAGGCCCUGGAGCGUGGUGCAGAGGUGGAGCUGGGAAGCCAGCCUGCGCUGCUGCUGGCCGUCGUCUUGAAGGACUUUCUCCGAAGCAUCCCCGGCAAGCUCCUGGGGAGCGACCUCUACGAGGACUGGAUGGCAGCGCUGCAGAAGAGCACCAAGGAGGAGAAGAUCUCCGAGCUGAAAGCGGUGGCCGAGAAGUUGCCCGCAGCCAACCUCCUCCUCCUGAAGCGCCUGCUGCGCCUCCUCCAGCACAUCGGCCACAACGCAGCCACCAGCAGGAUGAGCUGCAGCAACCUGGCCAUCUGCAUUGGGCCCAACCUGCUGAGCCCACCCGAGGAGGACCUGCUCCCGCUGGAGGCCCUGCUGGAGGUGACCGAGAAGGUGAAGGCGCUGGUGGAGUUCCUGAUGGAGAACUGCAGGGAGCUCUUUGGGGAGGAGAGCGCCGAGCCUUGGUGUGCAGCGGGCGAGGAGUGGCCAGCCCCCGUGCCGAGAUGCAGAGACGUGCGUUUGGAAGAGCAAGGCGUCCCUGCAGGCACAGCAGCCGCCGAGCAGGAGGCAGAAGGCUUGCCACAGGCAGGCCCAUCUCCGCUCGGUGUCCUCAAAGAAGCUGGGGGAGAGAGGGUGGUGGCGUGUGAAACGGGAGAGGCCCCUCCAGCUUUGCCUCCAAGCAGCCCCGAGAGCGCGGCAGACUCCCUGGGGUGCCCACAAGAGCCGGCGAGCCUGUCAGAGGAAAGAAGGUUUGCAGGCUGUGCCCAGGACAAGGCAAAGAGAAGAAAGCGAAAGAGCAAACAGGCGUGGGGAGAGGAGAGUGCAAGGCGCGCGGCAAAGAAGAGGAGGAAGAGAGAAGCGGUUUUGGCGGAUGGAGCAGUGCAAAGACGCAGGAAGGCGCAGCAGGUCAGGAAGGCCAGAGUUCUGAAAGUGGAGAAAGGGUGGUACAGCAAGGAUGUUCAAAAUGUUGAUUCG